AUGCAUUUCCCUCGACUACCACAGGCCGAAGCAGCCUUUGUGCUGGCACUGCUGUUGUCGCCACUGCCGGCGGCCGCAAUGCUCGAUUGCAAACACAUUCGAGUGGAUGACGUCUCAUUCAACCUCGAGAAACUCGGCGGACCGCACAGCGUCGUGACUAGCCAGUGGCAUCCUCCUACUUUCACCAACACGUCCUACACCGUCGAUAUCUGUGCUCCCCUGAAGCGCAAAGGAGACGUAAAGAAGGAGGAGCAAUGCCCCAGUUUCACAAGAGUAUGUGCCAUUGAACGCAACAUCCAUCCGGGCGACGAGAAGAAAGACGAGGUCGAGAAAGUGAUACCCAUUGCCGGCGAGCUGGGCAACCACGGGGGAAGAGCCCUGGACGCCACAGCGGAACGACUCAAGUCGAGCGACUCCAACUCGGACGCGAAGAAGGAGGGCGUCCGUCUGAUCCUCAACGGAGGCUCUUACCCCCUCAACAAGAGCGGCAGAAACCAAAAGGCCAUUAUCGAGUUCAUCUGCGACCGCAACAAGACCGGUCUGGAGGGCGAGGUCAAAUCCGAGGAAGAAUAUGACAGCAGUCAGUUACGGGCACGUGAGGAGGGCAAGGAGGGCGAAGGCGACGAACCCUCGCCCGACGAGAAGCAGAUCGUGAUGCCUGAUACAGCUCUGAUCUGGAACAGCUACGGACCCAAUGAGAAGAAUGACAUGGAUGUGCUGAGAUUGACGUGGCACACCAGGUACGCGUGCGAGGACGCGUACGAUAAGCCGCCUGCGGAGGGUGGCAGUGGUGGUGACUCGAGCAGCCACUGGGGCUUCUUCACCUGGCUCUUCGUCUUGGUCUUCCUCGGUAUCGCUGCGUACCUCAUCUUCGGCUCGUGGCUGAACUACAACCGAUACGGCGCUAGGGGCUGGGAUCUUUUGCCGCACGGAGACACUAUUCGCGAUAUUCCCUACCUGGUGAAGGACUGGACUAGGAACGUGCUCAACACUGUGAACACCAGUGGUGGCCGGGGCGGCUACAGCGCCGUCUAA